GUCAUUUCUCGACCCUGAGUGCAAGAUAUCAUCUAACAUUGGCUUCAAAUGAUGGCAUUCCCAAACUAUUGCCCGCCCUAGUAUUUGCGGUACGACUGCCGAUUUGCGGGACGGAUUCCGUAGCGUACCAGCACGUUCCCUGGGGAAUAGUAUAGGAGCAUGGGCAUUAACAAGAACCAAGGGAUAACCUCAUAAUUCCAGGUGUAUCGACGUCAUGGUCUGUUGUUCAAUGGUGAAUGACGAGCUCAUGGGCAAGGAAGAAAGCUAUAUAAACCCCUUCAGGAUGUAUCGGGACUUGGUUUCCAUCAAUCCAGAUUCUCUCAAAUAUCUCAGCCUCUGAACAUUCUUCCAGAAAACAUUCUUCAAUUGCAUAAACAACCAACAUGUCUGACACCGGUCGCAAGGAUUUCACCACCAAGGCCAAGGAGGAGAUGACUCCUGACUCCACCAAGUCCACUCAGGACAAGAUCAAGGAGACCUUCACUGAUACCACUGAUCGUAUCUCUCGUGGCCUGCAGCCCGAUGACCAGAAGGGUGCUGCCCAACAGGCCUUCGACAAGGGCCAGCGUGCUCAUGACAACCACAAUGGCGGUGCCGGCCAGUCCAUUGCCGACAAGAUCAAGAACGCUGUUGGCCUCGGUGACCACUAGAUUGCCUGCGCCUGACUGGAUUCGGGUUGUCGCUUUGAAUAUGAUUUCCGUUUUAUGAUCGUGUUAUGACGAGUUGACGAUACGUCUCUCUGCCUGUAAAUUGAGAUUAAUACCAAUGUGAUUAUGUCCAUUGAA